AACGUACCCCUGCGCAGAAACUGCGUCUUUCGUCGCCGUUUUGUGCUUGAUUCAGCUGUUGCCAGGCCUGGUAUUCGUAGUCCAUCGUGGUUGCUUAUAGCCAUAGGUAUACCUCGUGUACGUUCCGUACGUGUAGGUACGUGCAAAAUUCGUUGCUUAAUUUUUGCACGUUCUUUCGAUUGACACGGAAGCUGGCAGAGCCAGAGGAGGUAGUGAAACCAAGUAGCAAUCCCGGUCGGCGAUUGCGAGUACUUCGUUGACAAGACAACCAGCGCGAUGACGGGGUUCACGGAGAGCGCUCUGGUCAAGCGACUAAUGGACCUAAAUCCGUCGCAGCAGAGUAUUCAAACGCUCUCGCUCUGGUUGAUACAUCAUAGAAAACAUCACCCGACCAUCGUAAAGAUCUGGUUCAAGGAGAUGUGCAAAGUAAAAGAUAAUCGCAAAUUAAUGUUCAUGUAUCUGGCGAAUGAUGUCAUCCAAAAUAGUAAGAAGAAAGGACCUGAGUUUGGAAAGGAAUUUGAGACAGUCUUGCCAAAAGCCUUCGAACAUAUGAAAGGUUUUGAUGAAAAGACAAGAGAAAGAUUAAACAGAUUGCUACAAAUCUGGGAAGAGAGAGGAGUUUAUGAUAAAGCACAGAUAGCGGAGUUUAAAACAGCUUUUACAGACUCUGAAAAGGAUUCAGGAACACCGCCCAAGAAAAAAAUUAAAGUUGACAAUGACAAGAAAGAAAAGAAGGAGAGAAAAAAAUCAGAAACGGAAAUAGAGGUUGACGGUACCAAAGAGCUUCAUGUGACUUUAAGUCCACGGACUCCCGCUGGCGAUCCACCGGAAACUGAAGAGCUUAUCAAGGCCUUAAUGGAUCUAGAAAAUACCGCGUCCUCAGACGCAGGUGUAAGAGAACGUAUUGCGUCCUUGCCGCCGGAAGUAUCGGAGGUCUCUCUGCUCGCGAAUCUUGCGGACCGAAGAGCCGCUGAUCAGUUGAGCGCUGCUGUGAACGAAGCGGCCGCGCUGCUGGCAGAUUACAACGGACGAUUGCAAGCUGAGAUGGAGGAUAGAAGAAGAUUGCUGACGAUGCUGCGCGAUUACACCUUGGCACAAAGACAGCUACUUCAGCAGGCGCAAAGCACCUUAGAAGAUUACAAAGAAAAGCUGAAGAAGGUGUGUGCUGUUCGAUCAGAAGUAAAAUCUCACAUUUCGAAUCUUCCCGACUUGACGCAGCUGCCCGAUGUGACUGGUGGUCUGGCGCCUCUUCCAUCUGCUGGUGAUCUGUUUUCCAUGCACUAGUGUAAGUCUCACUAGUGUAACGUUUAUGUAGUUUCUUAUUUUUGUUUCUUGUUUGAUAAGCAAGAAACGGUAUAGAUUUGUAUGAAAAAUGACAGAGACUCAUCAUUGCCGAACAUUUUAUGAACUUGAUGUAUCGACAAAACCUUCCCACGUAUGUCAGCGUGAAGUACGGAAUAGAGAAUUACACGUUAACGGACCUGACAAUAUAACCAAUAUAACGGAUGGAGUGCUACGAAAAAUGCGUAUGAAAUACUUGUCAUACACAUUGUAAUUCUUGGUUUUGUACUUUACGUAACAUAAUAGCCUAGACUCCUUUUUAUGUCCUUAAUCGGAAAGGAAUGUACCUACCUACUGUGCAUAUAAGUAGGUUACAUAUAAAGACAUAAGGUCCUGAGAAAGAAAUUUUAAGUAAAACUUAACGAUGUGGCGAAAAAACCACUAUUUCUGUGAUGAGGCUAUUACUGGAGUUGAAAUAUACGUUGUAAAUCGAUUUAUUUUACAUUCACAAGUAAAUCGAAUAAUGAAUUUGUCUAAAGAGUUUGGAUAGGGUUCUCACAUACAAGGUGUUAGAAUGGUCAGAGCCUUUUGUUAAGUUCACGUGUACACAUCGAUAUUUCAAAUUAAACGGAAUUUACUUUGUGCACAAAACUUCCGUUCAUUUAUUAGAGACAUUCUAUCACGUAUUUUUCGAAUAUGCAAAUAUUGUGUUUGCAGAUAAUAUAUUAGAAAGAUAAUAUAUUAUUACAUCGAGAUAUUGAAGCACACAUUAAGAUCGAAUAAUUCACUUGUACAUAUUAUAUACUGUAGCGUCUAGAAAUACACAAUUUUGAAAAACUGACAAAAGAAACACUCAUUGUCGAUGUUGGACUGAGUAGAAAUAAAAUAGUCCACAUAGAUGGUACCAACUGUAUAUGCAAUUAUUUUAAAAAAGACAAAUUAUGACUGCGCAUUGAGAAUUGUAAUAUGCAGAAUGAUGAAUAAAUGUUUUGAUCGUUAUUAUA